AUGACGUCAUUUUCCCUCCCUUCUCCCUCAUACUAUCUCGCAUCCACACCACCACGACACCCUGGAGAGACAAGCGAGACAAGCUUGGAUCUAGCAGAGGUUCCAGAGUCUGACCGUUACCCAUCGAUCAUCACGCGCCUUGUUUCUGGCGACCCAGUCGAGUCAGUGUACCGAGCUGGAGUCAACCCAGGCCCACAGAGCGCAACCCAUUUCUUUGAAGAGAAACACGAAAAGAAAAAAGAUUCUCUGGCCACCAAAGAUAGAAGGAGUUCAAUAGAUAGUCAUCCAGCAGUCAUGGCAUCCAAGUCUCCGCUAGAGCAGGGACCUCAAUCACCCCCACACUCUGAGGCAGAAGAAGCACGGGUUAUCGACAGCGAGGGAGAAGACCAGAGCGGUAACCAAAAGGAAGACACGCCCAAACGGCCAAAAAGCCCUGCCUACGUCGCCCCUAUCUCGAGGAUAGGCAGCAUCUCACCAAAAAUCUCGCCUAGGAUCCAAAUAUCCGCCACGGACCGCCCAGAGCUUCCGUCGUUCGUCGGCACGCUUCUCGUCGGAAAACUGAUCGAUGAAGACGGCGAUGUGAUAGACGAGAAGACAGGGCAGGUCCUAGCGCACGCCGCCGGUGACCUUCCCACGAUGGUCGGCCGGCGGGUGACCAACGCCCAAGGCGAUAUCCUCGGUGAUGACGGCGAACUCCUGGGAUACGUCGCCGAUAUCGAGUGGCCUAAGGAUCGGCCGCCGCCGACGGCACCACCACGGAGCCUAUUUGACGUGAUGGGGCGCGCCACGAGCUCCUUGAUGGUCGACCACGCGGGGAACAUCCUCGACGCCAGCGGGAAUGUCGUCGGCACCUUCCACGACAACAAUAACCCGCUCCAUCGCAAGGAAAAGGAGGAGAAGGAGGCCAGAGAGCGCCUGGCAGAAGGAAAUCGACAAACCAUCAGGACAGCAGCAAGAAGGAGAGAGGGCGUCAACAGCGGCCUACUUCUCCGACGCCGACGCCACCGCCGCAGCAAACCGAGGAGCAGGAGGAACCCCAAUCGUACUCGACUUCUGGUGGUUAUUGAUAGGGCGAAAGUCCCCGAGUCCAAAAUAGACCAGUAUAACGCAAGCAGUGACAAGGCAGCCUACGCUGAUCUGGGCCUAGGGGGGGUGGCUAAACGGAGAUGUGACUGGAAGAGCCCUUGGCAACCACAUGGCGAAACGGUCAACGAGUACCAAAACGGAGAAGAUACUCGACGACAUUCCACCUAG